CGUACACAAAUCUACUCGACUGUUGACGUGUGCGUUGCACAAAAAUCCACUUGUUUUCAGUUUCACAAUAAAACAGGCUAAAGGUAUUAUUCUAUAGACCGAGGGUAUGUUUUGUGGAUUGUGUUUUGAAACAUAAAAGGAAAAUGGAGACAUUGUACCAUCAAACAAAUAAGCAAAUCCAGGAGGUGCAGUCGCUCAUGGGACGCCUGGAGAACACAGAUCGUCAGUCUGUCCACUAAUUUGGCAGUACGUCCAACUGGCCUCACAACCGCAGACCACAUGUAACCAGGCCAGCCAAGGACCUUCACAUCUGGCUUCUUCACCUGCAGGAUUGUCUGAACCCUGCCACCCAGACAGCUGAUGAAACUAUGGGUUUGCACAACCGCAGAAUUUCUGCACAAGCUGUCAGAAACCGUAUCAGGGAAGCUCGUCGCCCUCACCAGGGUCUUGACCUGACUGCAGUUCAGCGUCGUAACCGACUUCAGUGGGCAAAUGCUCACCUUCAAUGGCCACUGGCCAAGUCUGCUCUUCACAGAUUAAUACCGGUUUCAGCUGUACUGGGCAGAUUGCAGAAGUGUUGGAGAACGAUCUGCAGGCCAGAAUCGACCAGAUCUUCAGCCAUUUGGAACGUAUGGAAAUCCUGGCCGGCAAAGAACCGCCAAACCGCCGUCAGAACGUCAAACUGCGGGUAGACCAGCUGAAGUAUGAUGUUCAGCACCUCCAGACAGCGCUGAGGAACUUCCAGCACCGUCGCUACUCACGAGGGACCCAGGACCGAGAGAGGGAGGAGCUCAUGAGUCGUACCUUCACCACCAACGAUGCAGACACCUCCAUCCCCAUAGACGAGACGUUGCAGUUAAACUCCAACCUGAACAACGCACACAGAGGCAUGGACGACCUCCUGGGCAGCGGCAGCAGCAUCCUCACCGGACUCCGGGACCAGAGGGACACGCUCAAGGGGACCCACAAGAAGAUGCUGGAUGUGGCCAACAUGCUGGGUCUGUCCAACACGGUGAUGAGGCUGAUCGAGAAGAGGGCCACCCAGGAUAAGUUCGUCAUGAUUGGAGGGAUGCUGCUCACCUGUGUGGUCAUAUUCCUGGUGGUCAAGUACCUGGGCUGACCAUGACGGCGUCCGCAACCACAGUUUUGCGUUGGUCUUGGACAUUUUUGCACAGUAAGCCCAUAAGAUACGUGAACGGUGAUAAAAUAGGCUCGUCUUCUAAUCGGAGAGCUCCCUGAAAGUAUUGGUUCCCAUCGGAAGGCGAGGAAUUAUCCAUCUUUUAACUUCCAUAGGUUUUGCCACCCACUUCUAUUUCAACCACUCUUUGUUUGCACCAGUAAAAUGGGUGCUAAGCAAGACAUACACCCCGAGUGUACAAAACAUUAAGGACACCUUCCUAAUGUUGAGUUGCACCUUUUGCCCUCAGAACAGCCUCAAUUCAUCUGGGCAUGGACACUACAAGGUGUUGAAAGUAUUCCACAGGGAUGCUGGCCCAUGUUGAUUCCAAUGCUUCUCACAGUUGUCAAGCUGGCUAGAUGUCCUUUGGGCGGUGGACCAUUAGUGAUACACAUGGGAAACUGUUGAGUGUGAAAAGCCCAGCAGCAUUGCAGUUCGACACAAACCGGGGGCGCCUGGCACCUACUACCAUACCCUGUUCAAAGGCACUUUUCUGUCUUGCCCAUUCACCCUAUGAAUGACACACAUACACAAUCCAUGUCUCAAGGCUUACAUUUAAAAAAAAAAAAACAUAUCCUCCAUGUAUAGUGCUUGAAGUGAAUUUAGCAAGUGACAUCAAUAAGGGAUCAUAGCUUUCACCUGGUCGGUCUGUUAUGGAAAGAGCAGGUGUCCUUAAAGUAUAGGCACUGAGUGCAAAACAUACAUUUUUACUUCAAACUGAAUGUGGAACCUUGCAACCAUAAUUCCAGCUCACUGACACCUGCCGGUCAUCCACCCGACAGCCUGUGUGAAGCUGUAGGUGGGUGAGAAGGACAUUUCAAUAUGACUGGUCACCUUUUCUUUCAAACCAAUUCUCCACUUGCUUGCCUUAGUCUCCCCUAUAAUGAGUUCUCCGUUACCUUGUGGAUGGCAUUCAUUGUGGUUUUAUUUGAAGCAUAAUUUUUACUGUUUGCUGCCAUUGUUCCUAAAUGAGGAUGAUUUUAGAAAUGGACAGAAAAAUAGUUAUCUGGAAAUGGAUGAAAAGCUGAUGUUUUACCUUACCUCAUCACACUGUCUGGAGAAUACUUAUGCCAGAUGAAUCAAUACAUGUAUUUAGUCCAGUUAACAGGGACCUGUUAACUGUUUCACAAAAACGUGUUUUGUGAAACUAUCUGAACACUUUCAAAAUGUUAAUUAUCUGGACAUUUUCUUGGCCCUAGUCUCACUAUGUUAGUGCAACCAAGGCUCAAAUUGUAAUUCUCUGGAGAUAAUUUUUUAAAGCAUUUUAAAACGUGUCUUAAUCUGUC